GCGAGCUGCCUGGGUCGGCCCCCGGAGCCUCGUCGCCCGCAGCCGCCGGCGAGCAAGAUGAUGUGUGAGGUGAUGCCGACCAUCAACGAGGCCGAGGGCCCCCCGGGCGGCGCUGGCAGCCACGGGACCGGCUCCCCUUCCCAGCCGGACGCCGAAUCCCAUUUCGAGCAGCUGAUGGUCUCCAUGCUGGAAGAGAGAGACCGUCUGCUGGACACGCUGCGGGAGACGCAGGAAACGCUGGCGCUCACCCAGGGCAAGCUGCACGAGGUUGGCCACGAGCGGGACUCGCUGCAGAGACAGCUCAACACGGCCCUCCCGCAGGAGUUUGCAGCACUUACUAAAGAGCUCAAUGUGUGCAGGGAACAGCUCCUCGAGCGGGAAGAGGAGAUCGCCGAGCUGAAGGCGGAGAGGAACAACACCCGGCUGCUGCUCGAGCACCUGGAGUGCCUCGUCUCCAGACACGAGCGCUCACUGCGCAUGACCGUGGUCAAGAGGCAGGCGCAGUCUCCCGCCGGCGUGUCCAGCGAGGUGGAGGUGUUGAAGGCGCUCAAGUCCUUGUUUGAACACCACAAAGCUCUGGAUGAAAAGGUGCGGGAGCGGCUGCGCGUCGCGCUGGAGAGGUGCAGCCUGCUGGAAGAAGAGUUAGGUGCCACGCACAAGGAGCUAAUGAUCCUUAAAGAACAGAAUAAUCAGAAAAAGACGUUGGCGGACGGUGUGCUCGAUGUAAACCACGAACAAGAGAAUACACCGAGCACGAAUGGAAAGAGGUCCUCUGACGACUCCCUAGGCCACGAGGAAGACCUGGCCAAGGUGCUGGAGCUGCAGGAGGUCAUUGACCGGCAGUCGCGAGAGCAGAGCCAGAUGAAGGAGCGCCUGGCUGCCCUGUGCAGCCACGUGGCCGAGCUGGAGGAGGACUUGGACACGGCGAGGAAGGACCUCAUCAAGUCGGAGGAGACCAACACCAAGCUGCAGCGCGACGUCCGCGAAGCCAUGGCCCAGAAGGAGGACAUGGAGGAGCGGAUCACCACCCUGGAGAAGCGCUACCUCGCGGCGCAGCGUGAAGCCACGUCUGUGCACGACCUCAACGACAAGCUGGAGAACGAGAUCGCCAACAAGGACUCCAUGCAUCGGCAGACUGAAGAUAAGAACCGGCAGUUGCAGGAGCGCCUGGAGCUGGCGGAGCAGAAGCUGCAGCAGACACUGCGCAAGGCCGAGACGCUGCCCGAGGUGGAGGCCGAGCUGGCCCAGCGGGUUGCAGCCCUGUCUAAGUCUGAUCUUUUGUUUGCUGGGAGCUCUGCUGCUCAGGAAGCUAAGCUGUUGGAACUUACCUGCAAGCUUAGGAAGGCUGAAGAGAGACACGGCAACAUCGAGGAAAGGCUGCGGCAGAUGGAGGCGCAGCUGGAGGAGAAGAAUCAGGAGCUGCAGCGGGCGAGGCAGAGAGAACAAAUGAACGAGGAACAUAACAAGCGCUUGUCAGACACUGUGGACAAGCUCCUCUCCGAAUCCAACGAGAGGCUCCAGCUCCACCUGAAGGAGAGAAUGGCCGCCCUGGAAGACAAGAAUUCUCUAAUACGAGAAGUUGAAAAUGCAAAAAAGCAAUUGGAAGAAGCGCAACAUGACAAGGAUCAGCUUGUCCUGAACAUCGAAGCUUUGCGGGCUGAGCUGGACCAGAUUACACUAAGAGGUGCUUCCCUCCAUCAUGGCCGACCCCACCUGGGCAGUGUUCCAGACUUCCGGUUUCCCACUGCCGAUGGCCAUGCAGAGCCCUACGGCACCAGCGCUGUGCUGCGGCGCCCCCAGAAAGGCCGGCUGGCGGCGUUGCGGGAUGAGCCAUCAAAGGUACAAACUCUGAACGAGCAGGACUGGGAGCGCGCCCAGCAAGCCAGCGUCCUGGCCAAUGUGGCGCAGGCCUUCGAAAGUGAUGUGGACGCUUCCGAUGGGGAGGACGACAGGGACACCGUGCUCAGUGCCGUGGACCUGUGGUCACCCAGCGGGCAGGCGGACGCACAGACGCUGGCCGUGAUGCUGCAGGAGCAGCUGGACGCCAUCAACAAGGAGAUCAGGCUGAUCCAGGAGGAGAAGGAGAGCACAGAGCAGCGGGCCGAGGAGAUUGAAAGCCGAGUUGGCAGUGGGAGUUUAGACAAUCUUGGUCGUUUUACAUCAAUGAGCUCCAUUCCGCCCUACCCUGUGUCCUCCCUGGCCGGCUCCUCCCCACCCAGCAGUGGCCGCUCCACUCCCAGGAGGAUGCCGCACAGCCCUGCCCGAGAAGUGGACCGCCUGGGUGUCAUGACACUCCCUAGUGACUUAAGGAAGCACCGAAGGAAGUUACCAGCUUCCAGAGACGAGGUACGAGAUGACAAGACGACCAUCAAAUGUGAAACUUCCCCGCCCUCCUCUCCGAGGUCACUCCGGCUCGACAGGCUGCACAGAGGGGCGCCGCACUCGGUCAGCCACGAGGACGUCAGGGACAUGCGCAACUCCACAGGUUCCCAGGACGGCCCUGUGAGCAACCCCAGCAGCAGCAGCAGCAGCCAGGACUCGCUGCACAAAGCCCCCAAGAAGAAGGGCAUCAAGUCCUCCAUCGGCCGCUUGUUCGGCAAGAAAGAGAAGGGCCGGCCUGGACACACUGGCAAGGAUGCGCCAGGUCAAGCAGGUGUUUCGGAGGCAGAUGGCUCAUCUCCAGAUGCCAUGGGCCUGAGCAAGCUGGGAGGACAGGCCGAGAAAAACCGCAAGCUCCAGAAAAAGCACGAGUUGCUGGAGGAGGCCCGGAGGCAAGGCCUGCCGUUCGCACAGUGGGACGGGCCCACGGUGGUGGUCUGGCUGGAGCUCUGGGUUGGCAUGCCCGCCUGGUACGUGGCCGCGUGCCGGGCCAACGUCAAGAGUGGCGCCAUCAUGUCAGCGCUGUCGGACACGGAGAUCCAGCGUGAGAUUGGCAUCAGCAACCCGCUGCACCGGCUCAAGCUGCGCCUGGCCAUCCAGGAGAUCAUGUCCCUCACCAGCCCGUCCGCGCCGCCCACCUCCAGAACGACCACAGGAAAUGUCUGGCUAACACACGAAGAGAUGGAAACGCUCGCAGCCACGCCGCAAACGGAGGAUGAGGAGGGGAGCUGGGCUCAGACGCUAGCUUACGGGGACAUGAACCACGAGUGGAUUGGCAACGAGUGGCUGCCAAGCCUGGGUCUUCCGCAGUACCGCAGCUACUUCAUGGAGUGCCUGGUGGACGCUCGCAUGCUGGACCACCUCACCAAGAAAGACCUGCGGGGCCAGCUGAAGAUGGUGGACAGCUUCCAUAGGAACAGCUUCCAGUGUGGAAUCAUGUGCCUGCGGAGGUUAAACUAUGACCGGAAAGAACUGGAAAGGAAACGAGAAGAGAGUCAAAAUGAAGUAAAAGACGUGCUGGUCUGGAGCAAUGACCGUGUCAUCCGCUGGAUCCUGUCCAUCGGCCUCAAGGAGUAUGCCAACAACCUCGCCGAGAGCGGCGUCCACGGCGCACUGCUGGCCUUGGACGAGAGCUUCGAUUUCAGCGCGCUGGCCCUGCUGCUGCAGAUCCCGACCCAGAACACGCAGGCUCGGGCUGUCCUGGAAAGAGAGUUUAACAACCUCUUGGUCAUGGGGACUGACAGACGCUUCGAUGAGGAUGAUGACAAAAGCUUCCGGAGAGCACCUUCCUGGAGGAAAAAGUUUCGACCAAAGGACAUUCGUGGCCUGGCCACCGGCUCGGCAGAGACACUCCCUGCCAACUUCCGUGUGACCUCCAUGGCCUCGCCCUCUCUGCAGCCCAAGAAGAUGCCGAUGGACGGCAGUGCGUCUGGAGCGCCGCGGCUGGACUCGGCUGCGGUGAGAACUUACUCCUGCUGAAGCCGCCUGCUGUUUACCCGCACUACUUCUAUAGAUGAUAUGCAGCCUUUGGGAUCCAACAGACGACCUUCUAGAAUUCAAUGGAAUCUUUAUCCUGUUGAUACUUGUUACAUGGACCCUGAGAUAUUUUAUUACAGAGUUUUUAAUUAGUGAAAAAUUCAUGAAUAUCAUAGAGAAAAUAUUUUAGAAUGUGAUGUUUCUUAUAUUUAUGUAAACUCCCGCCCUUCAUUUCUAGAGCGCCUUCCUUUUCAUGUAUAUCCGGGCUCUGAACUCGCGUCAGAUCACUUCAUGUUCUACCUAAUGUUGGUCUUGGAAAUGAAUGUACUGUAAUGCUUGUAUGUAUAAAUCCCAUGAACAAAUAUAGGGCUUUUGUAAAUUAUGCGUUCAUUGUAAUUAUCACUGUUUAAUUUUUGAAUGAUAAACCAUGACCGAGAAGGGGAUUUUAUUACGUUUAUAAAAUCAUCGUGACAAGCAUCGUGCGUUUUCCUUUCCCUAGCUCUACCACAAUCAUUUUGAAACAAGCAGGCUUAAUUAGAAGCAGUUACUGUUGUAUUUUAAUGACUGAUCCUAACUGUGCUGUUUUUUUUUCUAGCAAGAGAAUGCUUUGUUCUGCAGCCUGAGCAAAUGUAAAAGCUGUGGUGUUAACUGUCAGCUUCUCAUUAACCUCAGCAGGGACUGAAGGGUUUGCAGAACACUACGGGCGUCCCCAAGCCGGGAGCCGCUCAUGAGCCAGGAGCGCGCUGCGGCGGCUGUCCACCCUGGUCCCUGUCCGGGCAGGGCCAGCCGCCCGCAGCGCCGCUCUCCAAGGACCAAUCCCCCAGCACCGCGUGCCCGCCCCGGGAAGGAGCGGGCACCACGCGGCGCAGCUCUAAGGCCUUACCGUUCUCGUCAAUCACUUUUACAUCUGUUUGUAAACUUGUUGGAGUGGACCUCGUCCUCCGUUUUUAGAUUUUGAUGCUACAGCCAUUCAGGAUUGUGGCAGUAGCACAUGUGACUUUGACUUUUUAAAUGGAAUACUAAAAAGCCAGCAAGAACCGCGUCAGGUCACGGGAGGCGCCGUGCACAGCCGCCUGUCCUUCCGCGAUGGCUCUCUGCUUCUCGUUCACUUGCACAGCUCUCUGUCGCUCGGUCCUUUGUGAAUUUCCUGAUUCUGUAACAGAGGAUGUACAGUCUACUUUUGAACUAUUUUUAUCACAGUAUUAUUUAUUGCUUUCUUUCAAUAAAGUACUGAAGCAUUUUCCACUGCCAACAGAGAA